AUGGCCUCUGCCUGUGCUUCGUCAGCCAUUGCUGCUGUUUCCAUCUCGUCCUCAAGGCAAGUUUUGUGUAACGUAAACAUAUGGAAAUGGUUGAUUGUGGGGGAAACAAAGGCUUCAUUCUUUGGAGGAAGAAAAUUGGGAGUGAGCAGUUUGACAGGAAGAAAGAGCAGGGGAUUAGUGUGUGCUGCUGCUGUUGCUGAUCCGGAUAGACCUCUGUGCCUUCCAGGAGACUUUGGUUUUGAUCCUCUGGGCUUAGCAUCAGACCCGGAGAGCUUGAAAUGGAACCAGCAAGCAGAGCUCGUCCACUGCAGGUGGGCGAUGCUCGGCGCAGCAGGCAUCUUCAUUCCGGAGUUCCUUACAAAAAUAGGGAUCCUCAACACCCCAUCAUGGUACACUGCAGGGGAGCAGGAGUACUUCACCGACACCACCACACUCUUCAUAGUCGAGCUAAUCCUCAUUGGUUGGGCUGAGGGCCGGCGCUGGGCAGACAUCAUUAAGCCGGGGAGCGUCAACACAGACCCCAUCUUUCCCAACAACAAGUUGACAGGGACAGAUGUGGGGUACCCGGGAGGGCUCUGGUUCGACCCUCUCGGCUGGGGCUCAGGCUCCCCGCAGAAGAUAAAGGAGCUCAGGACUAAGGAAAUUAAGAAUGGGCGGCUUGCCAUGCUGGCAGUGAUGGGCGCUUGGUUCCAGCACAUCUACACAGGGACGGGCCCCAUUGAUAACCUCUUUGCCCACCUCGCAGACCCUGGCCAUGCCACCAUUUUCGCUGCUUUCACCCCAAAAUGACGAGGACCAAUACAUUUCUCAUCUGUAUUAUUAAUCUACUGCUACUACCUACUAUAUAUGUCUUUGUAAGUUGUAGAUGACAAACAUAUGCACUCUACGAAUAUUUUCCUUCACCACAACUCCAAAAUCUCCAUUCUAACUUUUUAUGUCAUCUCAUGUCAUGUCCAAAAAUUAAUUUACUUCUUAAUUCACAUCACACACACAAAUUCCUUACAUCUUAGGUUUUUAAGCUAUUCAAUUAAAUCAUAAAAGUAGAAAAACAUGUUAAAGGUGCAUGCAUACAUGUUGUCAAUGAUUGCUUGCAUACAUUCGUUUCUAGCCUGCACAACAUAUACAAGUGCAUAUUUUGAAGAAAAUACAAUUCAAUAUAAUGUAAAGACUGAUGGAGCUAGGUGCAAAUAUUUAAGAACCUACAACUACAAGUUGCACUCUAAAAGGUAAUAUAAUAAUCAAUUGGCUUACAGAGUAGUUUGCUCAUUGUAUGAUUCUGGGGUGAUUCACCUGAAAUUUGUACUUUUACUCGUUAAAUAAAUUAGAUAAUUUCAAUUUUGGCUCUGGAAGGCCAUGAAGAUCUUCACAAUCACUGUUUUACUUAAUAUUCUGAGGAUGCAAUAGAUCAUCAUGCUUCGCAAUAAAUAAUCCGAUUUGCAUGCGCACUUGAACUUUUGGAAAGGUACUCCCAAGUUGGUCAGUACAGUAUGAUUAAUUCUUAGAUCGGAAUUAACUGAAAAAUACUUGGAACAUCUUAGAGAAUGUGUAACAAAUUGAUUUUAGCUAUAAUUGUAACACAACGGUGAUUGCUGGUAGACAUCAAUGAAGGUCAGGUACAGAACAAAAAACCAAUGAAAUAUUUAUAUCUUCUCUUUUAUAAAAGCUAGAAAAGUCCACGUGUGGUGCACAUAGUUAUAAAUUUUGUUGUCGAUUAAUUUUUUUAGUAAGAAAAAAAAAAUGAUUGGCUUAGUAAAACAUGUUAUCGUAGGGAUGAAAUAAAACGAAUAACAUGACGAGUCUCUAUUGUAAAUUAAUAUAAAUAUUAUAAUGAUGUCCUAAUAUAAGAGAAUGAAAUUAAUGCCCUAAAUUAAAAUAGAUGAAAAAGUCUCUGAUUAAAAGAAUGAAAUAAUUAAAUAAGUA